AUGUGCCUCAAUAUCUUCACCCACCACGGCUGCUUCCACCCAGUCUUCAUAUCUAAAAAGACCACCAUGGACUGUUCCGACACUGUCCACCCCGGAGUCAUCCACGAAUACAGCGAGUCCCCCUGCGCCGUCUGCCUCGCACCCAUUACCGACGACGACCGCAGCCAACAAAUCUACCUCGCCGAACAGGCAGUAAGAAAGCUGUUUUACACCCGCUGUAUUGACCAAUCCGAUCAUAAAUUUCUCGAUUACAUCCUCGACUAUUACAAGUUCCACUCCUUUCCCGGCCAUGAGUGUAAGGCGCCAUAUCACUGCUAUGAACAGUGCCCCGAAAAGUAUUACACAUACUGCACCCGUACUCAGCACGACAUCGCGGUGAUGCCACCUUCCUUGAGGCUUCAGCUUUAUGGCUCUGGAACCUAUCUCGACCACGCCGCCAACACCAUGCAUAUCCGCGAGGGAAAGUGUGCUGAGGGAAUUUUCAAUGCAGACUUGUAUCCUUAUGCCCACUUGCCAUUGGUGUCAAAGGCACGCAAUCGUCCCGAGUUCUACCAGAACCUUGCGGCGGUGGAUGAAGAGGAGGGUUCGCCGUAUGAAAUCUGGGACAUGGCUUGUCGUGCUGGGUCGUCUGUUCCUGAGAUCAUUCAAAAUGUGAAGGACACUGUCAAAGACAAUGGGAUCGUGGCCAAGGUUUUCAGGCGCUUGUCGGGGUUCUUCGGAGUUGUCGAUACCGAUGAGAAUGAGGAAGCUUGA